ACAGUGGUUGAUAAUAACGUUGGCGGUGAUAGGGAAGAUGUUCAUUAGUUUUGCUGGAGACGUGGUACAACUGGUGGCAGCGGAGAUAUAUCCCACUGUAAUAAGACAUGUGGGCAUUAGUUUCUGUGCUUCUGUCAGUAGACUGGGUGCCGUUAUAGCUCCACAAAUCUUAGCCCUGCGGCAUAUAUACAAACCAUUGCCAUUCAUUGUAUGGGGCACUUUAACGAUAGCGACUGCAUUGCUGCCCUUUCUACUACCUGAAACCCUUGGGCUGUCACUUCCACAAACUUUAGAGGCGUGGGAUGCCAGACUGAAUCAUGGCAGCCUUGAUGACGCUGAUGACGAAAGUGUUGACCUCCAGACCAAACAGGAGACGAAAGACCAAAGCGGUGAGGGUUGUUACAGAAGUCACGAAGAAGGAGAUCACCUGGAACUCGCCCCUAUUAACGCGUGACAUGCAGUGUAUAUCAGAAACAGUCAAGUGUUCACGACAAUUACCUCAGUGUUAACGACAAUUACCUCAAGGACUGGUGUACAAAAACUGAAGAUCCGUUAUUUUUUUUUUGGCCCCUGUUUCACAAAGAAACUUUAGUCCGGUUUCCUGGCUAACAUUUUUGUUACCAAGGUUACAUGGUCACAUGCAGACAUUUUACCCUAUCAGGAACAAUUUUACAGCUCUCUAUAUCUCAUGGACAUCAUCUGAGUCAGGGAACUGUGUAAAGUUUUGUAUGAAAUUCGGUCCUGCUGGGACUUGAGCUGAGAAGGAAAAGAAAACGUUUUAACUUCUUUUGUUUUGUUUCUGUUUUUUUUAAGACGUUGUCACUUGAGCUUUAAGC